CUCCGCGGGGCUCGAGGUUGCUCAGCCUUCGCCUCAGUUCCGCAGCCUCACCUUCCCGGCCUUCCUCGUGUCCGCGCAAGCGGCAUGGAACCCGGCGGGGACCUGGGGGCCUCGGCGGGCCGCUCGCUGCUGCUGUGCUCCGCGCUGCUGCUGGCGGGCUGCGCGCUGGGCCUGCGCCUGGGCCGUGGGCGCGGGGCGGCCGACCGCGGGGCCCUGGCCUGGCUCUGCUACGACGCCCUGGUGCACUUCGUGCUGGAAGGCGCUUUUGUCUACUUGUCUUUAGUGGGAAAUGUUGCAGAUUCUGAGGAAGGCUUGAUUGCAUCUUUAUGGAAAGAGUAUGGAAAAGCUGAUGUGCGAUGGCUCCAUUUUGAUCCACAUAUCGUAUCUUUGGAAAUUUUCACCGUUGUGCUAGAUGGCUUCCUGGCAUUGCUCCUCAUUUAUGCCAUUGUCAAGGAGCAAUAUUACCGGCACUUCAUACAGAUCACACUGUGCGUUUGUGAACUCUAUGGUGGCUGGAUGACCUUCUUCCCAGAGUGGCUUAUCGGAAGCCCCAACCUCAACACCAACAGCUGGCUGUACUUCUGGGUCUAUCUGGUAUUCUUUAAUGGGGUGUGGGUUCUGAUCCCAGGACUGCUACUGUGGCAGUCAUGGGCAGAACUCAAGAAAAUGCAUUACAAAGGAACUGAUUUGAGGAAAAAGAGGUGAAUUUUCAAGAUCAUAAGCACUGCCAUUCUGCUUAAUAAUGGAUAGAUUUAGCAUUCCAAUCUAAACUGUCUUUUUGUACUAUUGCUCCUGAAUAACCUGUUUCAAAUUGGUUGUGAAGUAACAACGUUUUGUUGUUUUCAUUUUUUAAAUUAAAGGACAAUACACAGAAAAGGGAGAAAUUGAGGGUAUAGCUCAGUAAUAGAGUGCUUGAAUAGCAAGCACAAGGUAUACAUACACACACCCACACACACACACACAAACAAGGAAAGAGAAUAAAACUUUAACUUGUAAUAAUUGCAUUUAAUUAUAUACUUUUAUGGCUGGUAUUAAUUGUUCUACACUAAUAAAGUCAAUAUCAUAGAAAA